GCGGGGACUCGGGAGGGGCCGGAGCGCGGCUGCGGGUGCCUUUGCAGGAGCAGAGAGAGGAAGCGGCGCGUCCCUAGAGGCGUGCUCCCCGACCGACGGACGGACGCACGGACGAGCGGAGGGAGGGGGCCGGGGGCGAGGAAUCUGCUGGCAUUGUGGGACCACUUAAAGGCUGCUGAGCGCCAACUUGCUUGGUGUGCCCUGGGCAGGUCUGGGACAGGUGGCAGCUCCGUGACCUACCACCAUGGAUGGAGACGGACUUCUCGGAUGAAGAAAUCCAAGCAGUGGAUGCCAGCCAGGUUAAUUUGGCUGUCAGAGGUUUUGACAAAACCUGCCCUGUACCCUUUGGGUAAUCCCAGUGAGGAAGCUUACAAACACCUUCAGUGCAAAGCCAAGGACGUUUCUGUAUAAUUUGGGAAUGAAAGGAUUUUCUCAGACUCUUUCUUUCCCUUUUCCUUGAGGAUUAAUCCUCCACGAAUCUACAAUCCCAGUUGGAAACACAAGGCACACGAUGUAGCAGAAGCCUAGAGCGCCUUCAGAAUUGUGUGGACCCUCCAUUUAGCACAGAGGAGUUAAACACAUGCCAUCCCCAAUCCACUCCUGCUGCUCUCUUCUCUUUCUCAUGCCCUCCUUUUUCUGAGUGAAAUUCUAUUUCCAAAACCUUUCUCUGAAGCUCUAAGUGGAUUGCCAGAAAUGAGAGAUUAAGUGCUGGGAGAAGAGGAAGCGCCCUGUGUUGUGUCUCCUCCAGGCUGCUGACAUGAAGUGCUUUUUCCCAGUGCUGAGCUGUCUGGCGGUGCUGGGUGUGGUGUCAGCACAGCGGCAGGUCACCGUCCAGGAAGGACCCUUAUACCGCACAGAGGGCUCCCACAUCACCAUCUGGUGCAACGUGAGUGGCUACCAGGGGCCGUCGGAGCAGAAUUUCCAGUGGUCCAUUUACCUGCCCUCUGCCCCGGAGCGCGAGGUACAGAUCAUCAGUACCAUGGACUCCUCCUUCCCGUAUGCCAUCUACACCCAGCGCGUCCGCAGCAGAAAGAUCUACGUGGAGAGGGUCCAGGGACACUCAGCCUUACUGCACAUUACGGAUCUCCAGGCCCGGGAUGUGGGGGAGUAUGAAUGCCACACGCCUAACACAGAUGAGCGGUACUUUGGGAGUUACAGUGCCAAGAUGAACCUAGUGGUGAUUCCCGACACUCUGCAGACCACCGCCAUACCGCAAAUUUUGCACAAAGUGGAGCAGGACCCUCUCGAGCUGAGUUGUGAGGUGGCCACCGAGACGUUCCAACACAGCCACCUGUCUGUGGCCUGGCUCCGGCAGAGAGGCAGUGAGAAACCCGUGGAGGUCAUUUCCCUGAGCCGAGACUUUGUACUGCACUCCAGCAUCGAAUAUUCCCAGAGACACAGCCUUGGGGAGGUGCGGCUGGACAAGGUGGGAAGGACCAUGUUCCGUCUCACUGUCUUCCACCUUCAGCCCUCCGACCAGGGAGAGUUCUACUGUGAGGCCGCUGAGUGGAUCCAGGAUCCAGAUGGGUCAUGGUACGCCAUGACCCAAAAGCGUUCUGAGGGAAUCGUGGUCAACGUCCAACCCACUGACAAAGAGUUUGCUGUUCGGCUGGAAACAGACAAGCGCCUGUACACAGUAGGAGAGUCAGUGGAGUUCAGGUGCAUUCUGGAGGCUCAGAGUAUUCCCGAACGUCACUUUGCCGUCUCCUGGGCCUUCAACAGUUCACUCAUUGCCAGUAUGGGACCUAAUGCUGUGCCGGUACUCAACAACGAAUUUGCACAUCGGGAAGCCAAGGGUCAGCUCAAAGUUGCCAAAGAGAGCGACAGUGUCUUUGUGCUAAAGAUCUACCACCUACGUCAGGAAGACACUGGGAAAUACAACUGCCGUGUCACUGAGCGGGAGAAAACAGUCACUGGGGAGUUCAUCGACAAGGAGAGCAAGCGUCCCAAGAACAUCCCGAUCAUAGUCCUCCCUCUCAAGAGCAGCAUCUCCGUGGAGGUGACCAGCAACGCCAGCGUCAUCCUGGAGGGUGAGAACCUGCAUUUCUCCUGCAGCAUCCGCACGGCAGGUCGGCAGCAGGGCCGUUUCUCGGUCACCUGGCAGCUCGUGGACAGGCAGAACCGCCGCAAUAACAUCAUGCGGCUUGACCGGGAUGGUACUGUGCAGCCAGGGGCGUCCUACUGGGAGCGCAGCAGCUUUGGAGGCGUCCAGAUGGAACAGGUGCAACCCAACUCGUUCAGCCUGGGCAUCUUCAACAGCAGGAAGGAGGAUGAGGGCCAGUAUGAGUGCCACGUGACCGAAUGGGUGCGGGCAGUGGAUGGCGAGUGGCAGCUUGUCGGGGAGCGGAGGGCCAGCACAUCCAUCUCUAUCACAGCUCUUGAAACAGGCUUUGCAGUCACAGCUAUCUCACGCACGCCGGGAGUGACCUACAGUGAUUCCUUUGACUUGCAAUGUAUCAUCAAACCUCAUUACCCGGCCCGGGUCCCUGUGUCGGUGACAUGGCGGUUCCAGCCAGUGGGCACUGUUGAGUUCCAUGACUUGGUGACCUUCACUCGGGACGGAGGGGUCCAGUGGGGGGACAGGUCCUCCAGCUUCCGAACCCGAACUGCCAUUGAGAAGGCCGAAUCUAGCAACAAUGUGCGCCUAAGCAUCAGCCGAGCCAGUGACACGGAGGCGGGCAAGUACCAGUGUGUGGCGGAAUUGUGGAGGAAGAACUAUGACAACACCUGGACGCGGCUGGCGGAAAGAACCUCCAACCUGCUAGAGAUCCGGGUGCUGCAGCCAGUGACAAAGCUACAGGUGAGCAAGUCCAAGCGGACCCUCACCCUGGUGGAGAACAGGCCCAUUCAGCUGAACUGCUCAGUCAAGUCCCAGACCAGCCAGAACUCCCACUUUGCUGUGCUCUGGUAUGUGCACAAGCCUUCGGACGCUGAUGGCAAGCUUAUUCUCAAAACCACACACAAUUCUGCGUUCGAGUACGGCACCUACGCUGAGGAGGAGAGCCUGCGAGGACGGCUUCAGUUCGAGAGGCACAUGUCUGGGGGCCUGUUCAGCCUCACUGUCCAGAGAGCUGAGGUCAGCGACAGCGGCAGCUACUAUUGUCAUGUGGAGGAGUGGCUGCUAAGCCCCAACUAUGCCUGGUACAAGCUAGCAGAGGAGGUUUCUGGGCGCACAGAAGUCACAGUGAAGCAGCCAGACAGCCGCCUGAAGCUCAGCCAAGCCCAGGGGAACCUGUCGGUGCUGGAGACCCAACAGGUACAGCUGGAGUGCACAGUUCUGAACCGCACCAGCACGACCUCCCAGUUCAUGGUGGAGUGGUUCGUGUGGAAACCCAACCACCCAGAGCAGGAGACAGUCGCCCGCCUGAGCCGGGACGCCACCUUCCACUACGGAGAACAGGCAGCCAAGAACAAUCUGAAGGGGAGGCUGCAUUUGGAAAGCCCCUCCUCUGGUGUGUACCGGCUCUUCAUCCAGAAUGUGGCUGUGCAGGACAGUGGAACAUACAACUGCCGCGUGGAGGAGUGGCUGCCCAGCCCCAGCGGCAUGUGGUAUAAACGAGCAGAGGACACUUCUGGGCAGACAGCUGUCACAGUGAUGCGACCAGAUGCUGCCCUGCAGGUGGACACAGUGGUCCCCAACGCCACAGUCACGGAGAAAGCAGCCUUCCAGCUGGAUUGCAGCAUUGUGUCUCGCUCCAGCCAGGACUCCCGCUUUGCUGUGGUCUGGUAUUCUCUGAGGACUAAACCUGGAGACAAAAGGGGCAGCCCUGCCCUGGAAGAAGACGAGGAAGAAGAGGAAGAGGAAGAGGAAGAAGAGAACCCACCAGAGCGGACAGCCCUGCUGAGCGUGGGCCCAGAUGCCGUCUUUGGUCCAGAGGGCAGCCCCUGGGAGGGCAGGCUUCGCUUCCAGAGGCUGUCCCCACUGCUUUACCGGCUCACGGUGCUGCAGGCAAGCCCCCAAGACACGGGCAACUACUCCUGCCGUGUGGAGGAGUGGCUGCCCAGCCCGCAGAAGGAGUGGUACCGGCUAACGGAAGAGGAGUCGGCUCCCAUUGGCAUCCGCGUCCUGGACACGAGUUCCACCCUCCAGUCCAUCAUCUGCUCCAAUGACGCACUCUUCUACUUCAUCUUCUUUUACCCCUUCCCCAUCUUUGGCAUCCUCAUCAUCACCAUCCUGCUGGUGCGUUUCAAGAGCCGGAACUCCAGCAAGAACUCGGAGGGGAAGAAUGGGGUGCCCCUGUUGUGGAUCAAAGAACCGCACCUCAACUACUCUCCAACCUGCCUGGAGCCCCCAGUGCUCAGUAUCCACCCAGGAGCCAUAGACUAAAGAGGAAGCCUCAAUGGACAUCAGCCACCGAGGAGCUGGGGCUCUCCUUCACUGUCUCUUUCUCUGUGAUCAGACAGUUGACAGCACCCUAACUGUGGAGUGCUCUUGCAGAAAUUGAUCAGACUUGAGGAGUUUUCAAAGUUUCCGCUGAGCCACAGACAGGCCGCCCUCAGCGGGUUUGAUUGGUUAGCUGUUUGCGCACAGAUGUGAUGCUGCCGUGGUAGGUUUCUUGUUUUCUGUUUUUGGUAAUGUAGUGAGUAGCUCCAGGUGCCACAUCUACUCAUGGAUUUAUAUAGUGUUCUCAGCUAGAUGUUACAGGGGGUCUGAUUCUUUAUAAUGUCCUCUUUUUAAAGCCCUUUGGUUUACCCCUUUUGGAUUUCAUAAUGUUGUGGACAAUCUCUUAUAUACAAGCAAUCGCAAAAGGAACAAAGAACUUAACUGACAAGGAAUCGCUUCCAAGGCGUUUUGUUUGCACACUUGAAAAUGCCACCCAUGUAUCCAAACACACCCAAAC